GGGGCGGGACAGAGCGCAGAGAAGCCAGCCUGUGAUGGCGCGAGUGUCGGUCUUGGGAGUUUCGCUGCUGGAGAACCCGAGCCCUUUCGACCACCCGCUCCGCUUCCAGGUGCAGUUCGAGUGCGGAGAGGCGCUGCCCCACGAUUUGGAAUGGAAGAUUAUCUAUGUGGGAUCUGCAGAGAGUGAAGAAUAUGAUCAGAUUCUUGAUUCUGUACUGGUAGGACCUGUUCCAGCUGGGAGACAUAUGUUUGUGUUUGAAGCAAAUAGUCCCAACCCUGAUUUAAUCCCUGAAAGUGAUGCUGUGGGAGUUACAGUAAUACUCAUUACUUGCACCUACCUUUGUCAGGAGUUCAUUCGCAUUGGGUAUUAUGUGAAUAAUGAAUAUAUAAAUCCUGAAUUAAAAGAGAACCCUCCUCUCAAGCCAGACUUUUCCCAGUUACAAAGGAAUAUCUUGGCCUCCAACCCCCGAGUCACCCGUUUCCACAUCAAUUGGGAUGGUCCUAAAGACCAGAUGGACAAUAUUGAAAAUGUAGACCCAGAGCCUGACAGUUUCCUAUCUUCUAGCUGUGCCUACAUCAAAGGAUUGAUCCCUUCUGUGGGCUUGCAACCUGAAAAUUCGAUGGACUGUAUGUAAAUCAAGCAGAGGAAUUUAAGAAUGCAGAAAAUUGCAGCUAAAUGGGUUAUUUGAAAAAUCUGUGAAAAGAUUUGGAUUCUUGUGGCCAGUAAGGCAGUAGGAGUCCUAAAUGUUACAUCUGUGCAGACAAACACAUCAGAGCUCUUUUCAUAUCUGGGUUUGUGACAAAUGUGUCUUCCUGAUUAUAGAUCUGUAUUUCUGCCAUGUUAUUUCUUGAGUGAAACUUGGGCCCUCUUGCACUGACUGUUUAUGAACAUUUAGCUGAGACAGAAAAAUCUUGUGCCAUAUUUCCUGAAGACUGAGAACAGUGGGAGUUAACUUAUUGCUCUGAUCAUCCAUUUCCUGAAAAUUGGCACAGCAAGCACUCUCAUUUCUGGACAAUUUGAAUUUCUCUUUUCUUUCUGGUAGUACAGAGAGCUGACUCUUGAGGAGGUGCUCUUAAUAAGUGACCAGAUACAUCAGAGCUUUUACUUUGUUGUUCCAGUUUUAUAACCAUUUUCUGCUUGGCUUCAAAGAUACUUGCCUCGCAUCAAAGAUUAGGAAAGUUGAAUUUUAGAGUAAAGGUCUGCUGAUUAUAUAGGUGUCUUAACACUGCUUUUAAGAGUGUUCUCUUCUAGCAUACUACAACUGUCUAUCUACUGGUAUCCCCAAAAUGGCUCUCCAACACCUGAGUCAGUAAGAAUAGGCCAGAGCUGAACUUAUGCAUCUCUGCAUGCAUCUUCACCUGUGGUCUUAUAACAACUGCAAUCUAUGACCCUAAUUGCACUUUAUACAGGCACUUGCCAUUGGUGGAUACUGCUUAAUAAAUAGUAUCCAUCGAUGACAAGUGCCUGUAUGAACUGUUUCCACCUUUCAGGAUGGGGUUUUCUUUUUGAUAGGACAGGUUUGUGUUUGGUUUGUUUUUUACUUGUCUUGCUUGCUUUCAGGGAUUACAUUCUUUAGUGUUUGACUAUCUACCUGGUAUAUUAUAAAUGUAUCCUGCAUAGGGGUCUUUUAUGGAAAGGAUUUUCAAUAAAAAUUGUGCAAGAAACUCAUGGAAUUUAUAGAAAAGUAUCUGUGGCAUAAAACAUGGAGUGUCUCCUCUUUGACAAGUUAAUAUUUAGUAAAGUUAAAACUGAUGCUGGUAAAUUUUGUUUCUUUAAAGCAAGAAUGGUGACAUAUAUUUCAAUUAUUCUGUACAAAGCUAACCUAGUAUAUAUGUGGGACUUAGCCAGUUGUCAAGAGGUAUUGAUUUAAGUCAGCUAAAUGAGGACAGGUUUUCCCUUUGAGGCAUUUAACUUUCUGUGGCAAAGAUUCCUAGAUCCCCAGAAGUUGUUAAAAGACAGAAUAUUAUCUUCAAACUGCAGUCAGUGUUGUUUGCCAGGUUAAUGCCUAUUUCUAUAUUUUUUUAAAAAAACUUUGGCUUAGAGCAGAUAUAAUCCAAAGUUAUCUUUUGGUAUUAUGUAACCCAGUCUGUUUUAUGCAAGGACACUGCAUGCAUUUUAUGAUAAAACUAUAAAAUA